UUUUCUUUAUUAAAUAAUAGCCGAAGCGUCCAUAGCAAUGUUGCUAAUAACAUUUGUGUUCACAAAUGUAUGACUGAUUUUGAGUUUGACAGUUCAGUUCUUUUAUCAAAACGCUAUUUGUUUGUAUUUUUGGGUUUCAUCAAAAAUAUACGGAAAUAUUAAGUCAACAUGUCUUUAGCGGAUGAACUUUUGGCAGAUCUUGAAGAGGACAAUGAUAAUGAGCUUGAGGAACUCAUAAAAGAUGUCGAGGAUGAAAAUGAAAUGCAAACAGAAGAAAUACCGGAUAAGUUUUUUAAACAUGCAUUGAAUCCAAUGGAUGUUGAUGUGAAAGUUCAAUCAAUACGCGAGUUGUGUAAAUUACGUGAUUCCGAGCGCCUAGAAUACAUACUGAAACAAAUUGAGCAUUUCUCUAACCGGAAACGAAGUGCAGCCGAAAUGCUUGGCAGCGUUGAAUCAGAUCCGGAAUAUUGCUUAAUAGUUGAGGCAAAUGCUAUAGCAGUCGACAUCGAUAAUGAAAUUUCAAUUAUACACAAAUUUACAAAGGAAAAGUAUCAGAAGCGUUUUCCGGAAUUAGAUUCACUAAUAGUGGGUGAAAUAGAGUAUUUGUUAGCUGUAAAGGAACUUGGUAAUGACUUAGAUCAAGUUAAAAAUAACGAAAAACUUCAAGCGAUACUAACUCAAGCCACAAUUAUGAUUGUGUCUGUAACAGCAUCUACUACACAAGGUACCAAAUUGAGUCCCUCAGAGAAAUCUCAAAUAGAUGAAGCUUGUGAAAUGGCAUUUGAUCUCAACAACUUUAAAUCGCAAAUAUACGAAUAUGUAGAAAGCCGUAUGACCUUUAUUGCGCCAAAUCUUUCAAUGAUUGUCGGUGCUUCGACAGCUGCUAAACUUUUAGGAAUUGCUGGAGGUCUUACCAAGCUUUCUAAAAUGCCAGCUUGUAACGUACAAGUUUUAGGCUCUCAAAAGAAGAUUCUUUCAGGUUUUUCUAAAACGCAAAUGCUCCCACAUACUGGUUACGUGUAUUUUUCGCAAAUUGUACAAGAUACUGCACCGGAUCUAAGACGAAAAGCAGCUCGUUUGGUAUCGAGUAAGGCCGUACUAGCAGCUCGCGUUGAUGCUGCUCAUGAAAGCAUACAUGGCGAAAUCGGCUUAAGAUUCAAAGAGGACAUUGAAAAAAAAUUAGAUAAACUUCAAGAACCACCUCCAGUUAAGUUCGUGAAGCCUUUACCAAAACCUAUUGAAGGUAGCAAGAAGAAGCGCGGUGGCAAACGUGUUAGGAAGAUGAAAGAGCGUUACGCCUUAACUGAGUUUAGAAAACAAGCUAAUCGUAUGAACUUUGGCGAUAUUGAAGAAGAUGCUUAUCAAGAUGAUCUUGGGUACACUCGUGGAACUAUAGGUAAAACUGGAACGGGUCGUAUCCGGUUGCCUCAAGUAGAUGAAAAGACCAAGGUGCGCAUAAGUAAAACAUUGCAAAAGAAUUUACAGAAACAACAGGUGUACGGAGGUAGUACUACAGUGAAACGUCAAAUUUCUGGUACUGCAUCAAGUGUAGCUUUUACGCCACUGCAGGGGUUAGAAAUCGUUAAUCCCCAAGCGGCUGAGAAGUCUCAAACAGAAAUAAAUGCCAAAUAUUUUUCGAAUACAUCAGGAUUCUUAUCAGUAGGAAAAAAAACGACAUAAGUUUUGAUUUGGUUUAUUUUUGAUAUAUAAAGCUAAGUUUUUAUGUAACGAAUGUUUAAAACAAUAUUUAAAGUAAGUUUUUAACAUAAAAUAAUUAAUAAAGCAUUAAAAGUAUA